UCGGCGGUGCUCGGUUGUCCCUGCACGCGUCAUGCGUCGUCGUCUUUCGCGACGUAGCGACGUUGCUGGACACAACGAGGUCUCUCUGUCUCUCGCGGUUUUUUCCGUUCCCGAGUACGAGGUACCGAACGACGACGGUGUCAGUGACGGCGAACGCGUCCGCUAAUUCGAUCCACAGUGCGCGUAGUUCUCGCGUCGACCAACGGUGUAUCGAUCCAUCGAACAUCAACGGGGACGAGAUCGAGAGACACAGCGAGAACAGUGCGGGCGCGGACAGCCGGCUGGUCCAUCCGCUCGAAAUCGAAAGGAUCCUCGGGCGAGAAUACGCUGCUGGGCAGGUGGUUCCCGAACGAUAUACACACUCGCGAUCGUUCUUUUCACGUCGAGUGAAAGUGAACCGACCGUUCUCGCGUCGGCCGGAUAUGCACGGCCGACAGGUGCGUUCGUAGACAGUCCGGUGCGCAGACCGAUACUUCGUAACGAUUGGUUCGACCGCGGGCCCCGACCAUCGCUCGACCAAUCGCGUACGUGCAUGGUCCAGGCGGCUGAUUCAGAACCCCGUCGACAAUCGACUUUCGAUACGGCUACCCGGCUCGACGAGACACGAGGAGGACCACCGGACCUCCAAGAAGGGAACAUGAAUCUACUGCUAUCGUCCUCGAUACCCAGCAACAGUGUACGCUGUCAAGUGCAGGAGCAGGCCAAUGACAACAUGGAGACCGACGACAAUAUGCUUCAGGACCUACAGUUGGCGGCAGAACUCGGCAAGACCCUCCUGGAACGGAAUAAAGAAUUGGAGAACAUCAUCAAACUUCACCACACCACGAUCGAGGAACAAGCACAAGAGAUAGAGUAUAUGAAAAAACAGACGGCUGCCUUGAGGGAAGUGAACGAUUCAAGACUAAAAAUUUAUGAGCAACUCGAAGUCAGUAUACAGGACUUGGAACGUGCCAACCACCGCCUCGUGAUGGAGAACACUACUGACAAGAAACUUAUCAAAAGUCAAUGUUUAACGAUCGAGAAUCUCGAAUCUCGGUGCGAGGAUUUACAGAAGAAAAACGAGGAGAUAAACGAACGACAUAGAAAUGUGCUUCGGCAACAGUGGACGAGUCAAUCGAUGAAAACCACGCAAACACAGACCAGUCUAUGGAAAGCAUCGGUCACGCAGGGUGGCAGCACACAACAGAACGCUGCCCCGUCGGAAGAAGAAAUGACCGAAUUGCUAAGACAGUUGCAAGAGGUACGAAGCCAAAGAGCAAGGGAACAAAAGAAAGCGACGGAACUUGGACAACAAUUGGCAACUCUAAUGCAAGAGAACAGUACUUUGGAGGAACUGUUAAACGUUUGGCGUAGUAAAGCGCAAGACGUAAAAAAUCUUCAAGAAGAAAUAAACGCGCUCGAGGAAGUGAGACGUGGACAAUUAUGCGGUCGAUGUUUGCGCGGUAUGGAGACGAAAACGCACGACGAACUCACGGUAAUAUUGGAUCAGGAAGAAUAUGACAUUAGUAUGGCCGAAUCAAUGAUGAAUGAUAAUCAACACGAAACCGAAACGCUUACUCAGCAAGAAACUUUUAACGAGACGCAGCCCGACAAUACGUCAAAGGACGGUGGCAAUAAAGACGGAACGACCAACGACCCGUACAAUCCGUAUAGAGUACUCGUAGAGAAGUAUCAAGCCUUGUUGGAAGUCCAAAGACGUUCGGCGCCUCGACAAAAAGACAAUGUGCCCGCGGCCUGCAUGUCCCUGCAAGAAGAGCUCGAGAUGUCGGGCGAAUUCGGUAGCUUCAACUAUCGGUCACUGGAGACGGAGUUGCAGCAAGAGUCGACGAAAUCCACGAAUGCAAACGGUACGCGCACCAAGACGGAGAUCUGCGGUAAGAAACCAUUCUCCGCCACCCCCACAGACUUCUCCGAAGCGGAGACGUCGUCUUCCGGAUUCUUGGACGAGACGAGCAACAAAGCGACGCAGACCGAAGGAAGACCCGGUUCGUUCCUAUGUUCCAUCGCCGACGGUGAGGAUUGCAAGUUCAGCAUCUACGACGACAAGAGCCCGUUCGAAAGUAGAUUCCGCAAGACGCCGGAGUACAGGCUAGUGUUCAGUGAAAUAUUCAGCAUUUUGAAACGCGCGGCCGAAGCGAAAGACGAAGGUGAAAUGCUGCCACUGUUGGACGACUCGUCCAACACGCUGGUUUUCCAGCCGCAGUCGUCGGCGUUGACGCAAGAGUAUUUCCCCAGCGAAACCACAGACGACAAUCAGAGCGUUGUUUCUUCUAUCGUCUCGUCCGUUGUGUCCGAACCGUUGUACAGAGUGCAAACGCCGGUUCCAGCGAACGCAGCGCACGAACGGCAAACGAACGAAUCAACCAACGCGCACGUUAAACACGGAAAGGUAGCGAGCCAACGGAACGGAAAUCGUUUGGACUAUGUGUCGAUCAACUUCCACGGCUCGAAGAAAACGCCAAAGAAGUACGCUAGCAGAAAGUUAUCGUACAACGACAAACUGACGGCCACCACGACCACCACCAACGCCGCGGACGUGAUCCCGACGACGAAUCCGAAAGUGGUGCCGCCGAAAUUGAACAGCGGCGGUAAGAAGAAGUUCAGACCGUUCACCGUGGCCGAUCAAAAUGGUGGCACGCGGAACGGUUACGGUUACGCGAACAGGACGAAAGGAUCGCCGAACGCUGUAAGGCAAUCGAACAUGUACACAAGCAGCAACGGUAACAAUCAACAUAACAAUAGUUUCGAGUACAAGGACUACAAACCUAGCACGGCGUCGGAAGAGGUAGCGCGAUUGAAACGGUUAGAGAUGUCGUACGCGGAGGUUCUACGGUUGCCAAACAAAUCCAAAGCGAGCAAUCGCAAAAGUUAAAUUAAUAUUAUUCGACGGUGAGAACAAUUCCAGGAAACCGAAGUUCAAAAUUUCCUAUGUUUUAACGUACCAGCGAAUAAUAGAUUCAGAUAAGAUUCAGUAUUGAUGAUCAGUGCUAAUUAAUGACAUUUUGUAAAUAUCACAGAGAAGCGAUCGCGCCGUAGCGUCUAGGUACUAAACUAUUUUACAUUAAUUUUUUUAUUAUAUUUUGUAUCUUAAUUGUAUAUCUUCUUUUCACGUGGAUGUAUGAGGGUAACAAAGGUACACAACGUUAAUAUAUAAUUGUCGACGAAACACGUGGUUAAUGACUCGAAGAAAAUUGAAUCGUGUCUCGUAAAUUUGUUCUCCCUUAGAAAUUGUAGUUGUGACGAAAGAAUAAAAUUAUUUAUGUGCCAUUUAUUACGUCGGAUUACAAUCGUCGACUGAUUCCAAAUACUUGCCCCGUACUUCCCUUCGGCCACGCAUCUUACAAUAACGGU